AUGGACGACAAGCCCGACCAUCACCCAGAGCUGUCGUCCCUGGACGCCGCCGGCACCUCCUACACCCUCAACGCCUUCCUGACCAACUUAAAUUUAGAGAAAGAGGAGUCUGAUUUGUGCUUAUUGAGUUUGAAUGCAGAUUAUCAGGGCGAAACGGGGCACGCUUAUCAGUGCGAGGGGGAUGAAGGGGGCGCCGGGGCCAAGCGGAAGCAGAGGAGGUACAGGACCACGUUCUCCAACUACCAGUUGGAGGAGCUGGAGCGGGCUUUCCACAAGACGCACUAUCCGGACGUUUUUUUCCGGGAGGAGCUGGCGCUGAGGAUUGAUCUGACGGAGGCGAGGGUGCAGGUGUGGUUUCAGAAUAGGAGGGCCAAGUGGAGGAAGCAGGAGAAGGGCGCCAAAGGGGUGCAAACGGCGUUGAAUAUCAAUACAGCGUGUGCAGCCCCCAUGGAAAGCCCUUUGCUCAACUUCGCGCCCGAGCAGAGCCCCACGAACCUCUUCCUGGGUAUGGAGUGGCCUUCGGUGCCCCCGCAAGUCCCGUUUUCUAACGGCCUGGAGCAACCCGUUGACAUCAACACGGCUGUUCAGAUCGCUGACAGGGUGGCAGGUCUUCAGACCAGCGUCAUCGGGGAUGCUAUUCUGCUGGGGGACGAAGCUAACCUGGAUCUGAUUCAAGGUCCACACAACGAGAUCAGCAUUGAUCCAGAUUUAUUGACUCUGAAACCAUCAAGGAGUGUCCGCGGUGAUGAAUGUUAA